AUGCUUACUGGCACAUCUGGGCCCGGAAGGCUUCGCUCAGUGACAGAAAUACCUGCAAGAUUCAGAUGUAUUUUCAGUCAGUUUCCCUAUUUCAAUCAUGUGCAGUCAAAGGCUUUAGAUGAUAUUUUGUAUACCAAUAGAAAUUUAGUUGCCUCUGCCCCCACGGGGUCGGGGAAAACUGUGCUCUUUGAGUUGGCUAUCAUCCGAUUACUCAUGGAGUCUACUGAACCCUGGCAGAAUGUCAAGGCAGUCUACAUGGCACCUAUGAAAGCCCUUUGUAGUCAGCAAUAUGAAAACUGGAACGAAAAGUUUGGACGUUUAGGACUGAACUGCAAGGAGUUAACUGGAGACACAGAGAUUGACGACAUCUUCGAGAUUCAAAAUUCUCAUCUCAUCAUGACAACACCGGAAAAAUGGGACAGCAUGACAAGGAGGUGGAAGGACAGCUGCCUUUUACAGCUGAUACAGCUGUUUCUUAUUGAUGAGGUACACGUGGUAAAGGACACUCAACGUGGAGCUACAUUGGAGGCAGUCAUCAGUAGAAUGAAAGCCAUGAACACUUGCCGUGUGUUUGAAGAUCAAAGGCCAAACAUGAACACAAGAUUUGUGGCUGUUUCUGCAACCAUCCCAAAUAUUUCAGAUAUUGCAUGCUGGUUAUCUGACAGUGUGGGGCCUGCAACUUCCCUCGAAAUGGAUGAGAGCUACAGGCCAGUUAAACUCAGGAAAGUGGUGUUGGGUUUUCCGUGUUCCAACGGUCAAAAUGAUUUCAAGUUUGAUCUGUCCCUUAACUACAAAAUGGCCAACAUCAUUCGGACCUAUUCAGACCAGAAACCAUCACUUGUGUUUUGUUCUACAAGAAAAGGAGUUCAACAGUCAGCAGACGUACUUGCAAGGGAUGCCAGAUUCAUGAUGAGCAUUGAUCAUAAAGAAAGACUGAGGAAAUAUGCAGAUUCUUUAAUGGACUCAAAACUAAGAGAUUUAGUUUUGUAUGGUGUUGCAUAUCAUCAUGCAGGCAUUGAUAUAUCGGACAGGAAAGUGAUUGAAAAUGCUUUUGCUAAGGGAGAUCUGCCUGUACUUUUCACUACAAGCACUUUAGCAAUGGGAAUGAACCUUCCAGCUCAUCUAGUGGUGAUCAAAUCCACGGCCCACUACGUAGGGGGCGCAUGCGAGGAGUACAGCGAGACAGAUAUUCUUCAGAUGAUUGGUAGAGCAGGCAGACCACAGUUUGACACCUCAGCAACUGCAGUGAUUAUGACAAAAUUACAAACAAAAGACAAAUACACCAACAUUUUAAGUGGAGCGGAGACUAUCGAGAGUGGCUUGCACUUAAACUUGCUGGAACAUCUGAACGCCGAGAUAGUUCUUCACACAAUCUCUGACGUAAACAUGGCACUGGAUUGGAUCCGCUCCACAUUCCUGUAUAUCCGCACCAUGAAAAAUCCUACAUACUAUGGGCUCUCCUUUGAGCUGGAUAAAGGUGGAAUUGAAGCCAGAUUGCAAGAUCUGUGCUUGAAAAAUUUGAAGGCACUGUCUGAUGUUGGUCUUAUCACCAUGGACGAGGAUAUCAACAUCAGACCAACAGAAACGGGAAAACUGAUGACAAGAUACUGUGUGGCGUUUGACACCAUUAGGCAUUUCACAAGUAUGUCCGGCAUGGAGACUCUGUCUGAUUUGGUUACCAUGGUAUCUAAGAGUAAGGAGUUCAGUGAUGUACAGCUGAGAGUGAAUGAGAAACGAAUCCUGAACACAUUGAAUAAGGAUAAGAACAGGACUACCAUCAGGUUUCCUAUGGAGGGAAAGAUAAAAAACAAUGAAAUGAAAGUAAACUGCCUGAUCCAGGCCCAACUAGGUUGCAUUCCUGUCCAGGAGUUUGGACUUUCCCAAGAUAUGAGCAAAAUAUUCAAAAAUGGUGUCCGAGUGAGCAAAUGUCUUGCAGAGUUUUUGAGCCACCUUCCCCAGAAUAAUUGUUCUGCCCUGCUCAACGCAUUGACACUGGCAAAGUGCUUUCGGGCAAAGCUGUGGGAAGACUCUCCUUAUGUCUCCAGGCAGUUGGAUAAAAUUGGGUUGUCCCUGGCAACAGCCAUGGUGAAUGCAGGACUGACAACAUUCAAAAAGAUUGAGCAGACUAAUGCCAGAGAGCUGGAACUGAUUGUGAACAGACAUCCGCCUUUUGGAAACCAAAUCAGAGAAAGUAUACUUGCACUACCAGAGUACGAGCUUCGCCUGGAACAGCUUCCAGUGUACAGCACCUCAGUGGGAGAAAUUUCAGUUACUGUGAACAUGAACAAUUUUGAUCAGCUGAAUGCAAAAAAAAUGCCUCUGGACCACCAUUAUGUGACAGUCAUCAUUGGAGAUUGUGACAAUAAUGUGGUGUUCUUCCAAAAACUCUCCAAUACAGCGUUUUUGAAAUCAGGGACUUGGUCAAAGAAAAUUUACAUUGCAAGAGCUUCCAAAGGGGAGGAAAUCAGCAUACAUUUAAUAAGCUCAGAAUAUGUGGGACUAGAUAUUCACCAGGAAUUCAGUGCAAUUUUCUCUGCAAAACCAUUUGGAGUUGAACAUUGUGGCCCAGAGAGCAUGACUACGGACAGUUCAGCCUUAGGGACACGAGGCUUCAGUCAAGAGCAUAGAGCACAGGUCACAACUCACACAACACAUUUCAACUGCACAGAUGCUUUACAUAAAGAUUCCUCAAAGCUGAAAACAGAAAAGCGACGAUGCAACCACUUCUGUAAGAACAAGGAGCAGUGCGGCCACGACUGCUGUGCUCCGAUCACAAUUGGACAGCUCUCAGUCCAGCUGUGA